AUGUCGUCUCAAGAAGGUCGCCAGUCACCUCCUCCCGAGACCCAGACUGGUGCUCAGCUCAAAGACGCCCCCGGCUCGGGUCAAGGUCUCCAAGACACGCCUCAGGACAAGGACAAGUCCAACAAGGACCAACUGGAGAAUCUCUCCUCGAACCCAAAGGGACCUAUGGAAGAAGCAGUUAAAGACAAGUUCACGAAGCCGCAUCCUUAA